UGCAGAGUGGCCCAGUGCAACCUCACUAGCUGCCUGCUGGAGCUACCGGCUGGACUGUGUGUGCACUUAGGAGUUUUCACUUUUCUCUAAAGCUGACAAGACACCUGGGCAGCAACGAUGGCCAGCACCUUCACUCGAAUGUUGUCAGGCCGUAACACCGCGGUGGUCAUGGCCAGUCUGGGCGCAGGCACCCUGGCAUCUGGCUACCUGCUGAGUGACUCUGGCAUCUCUGCUGCUGAAAAGAAGAAGCUUUAUCCACCCAGUGCUGAUUACCCUGAUCUGCGCAAGCACAACAACUGCAUGGCGUCUGCUUUGACCCCUGCCAUCUAUGCUCGGCUAAGGGACGAGCUUACCCCAAACAACUGGUCUGUGGACCAGUGCAUUCAGACCGGUGUAGACAACCCUGGGCAUCCCUUUAUCAAGACCGUUGGCAUGGUGGCUGGUGAUGAGGAGAGCUAUGAGGUGUUUGCUGACCUCUUUGAUCCAGUCAUCAAGGACAGACACAAUGGCUAUGACCCAAAAACCAUGAAGCAUCCAACAGAUCUGGACAGUUCAAAGAUCACCUCUGGGAUGUUUGAUGAGAAAUAUGUGCUGUCAUCCCGCGUGCGUACGGGCCGCAGUAUCCGUGGACUAAGCCUGCCCCCAGCCUGCUCGCGCUCUGAAAGGCGUGAAGUUGAGCGAGUGGUGGUCCAGGCUUUGGCUGGCCUGAAGGGAGAUCUGACUGGCAAGUACUACAGCCUGACUGAGAUGUCUGAUAGGGAUCAACAGCAACUAAUCGAUGAUCACUUCCUGUUCGACAAGCCUGUCUCUCCCUUGCUGACUUGUGCAGGAAUGGCUCGUGACUGGCCCGAUGCCAGGGGAAUCUGGCACAACAACCAAAAAACAUUCUUAAUCUGGAUCAAUGAGGAGGACCACACCCGUGUUAUCUCCAUGGAGAAGGGUGGCAAUAUGAAAAGAGUCUUUGAGAGAUUCUGCAGAGGACUGAAAGAGGUUGAGCAGUUGAUUCAGGAGAGAGGAUGGGAGUUUAUGUGGAACAAACACCUGGGCUACGUCCUGACCUGUCCCUCCAACCUGGGCACUGGACUGAGAGCUGGAGUCCAUGUCCGUCUGCCCCUCCUUAGCAAGGACCCACGCUUUUCUAAGAUCCUGGAUAAUCUAAGGCUACAGAAGCGUGGCACAGGUGGCGUGGACACUGCUGCCGUGGGUGACACUUUUGACAUCUCUAACCUCGACAGACUGGGCAAGUCUGAGGUUGAGCUAGUUCAGUGUGUGAUUGACGGGGUCAACUUUCUGAUUGAAUGUGAGAAGAAACUGGAGAAAGGGCAGGACAUCAAAGUUCCAGCACCCAUUUUCCAGUUCAGGAAAUGAGCAUCUUCCAUCAGAGAACGUCCAGCCGAGAGCUAGGCUGAUGAGAGACCCACAGGCCGUGACCUCUGCAAUCUCCACUACUACUGCAGGUCUUACUGGAAAUCUAGCCUCAAUAAAGCCUUCUAAUAAAA